AUGUCUUGGAAACGCUAUGGGCUCGACAAAUACAUCAUGAAACUUGCCUCCAAAAAGUCCCUGGACGACAUGGAUAACCACCGAGCGAUGGGCGAAGAAAAACUACGGAAGAGACUUGAAUACACUCGAUCUCACCCCGACUUGUAAGCUCAAAACAACACAAUUUCCCCUCAAACCCUCGAAGCUGACAAGAAAAAAAAGCCUGUCAAGCUCCCAAAAGAACUUGGGCACCCCAGAAGGCCCGACCUGGCCAGAACUCGUCUCCCUCGUCGGAGCAUUCAUCCCCGCCGGCUCCGAAACAACCGCCACCCUCCUCGCAGGAGCCCUCUAUUUCCUCUCCACCAACCCCUCCACAGCCAGCAAACUCGUCGCCGAAAUCCGCACGGUCUUCAAAGACGAAUCCGAAAUCAACCUCAUCAACGUCUCCGCCAAGCUUCCCUACAUGCAAGCCGUCAUCAACGAAACCCUCCGGAUCUACCCUCCUGCCGCCGGAAGUCUGGGCCGUAUCACCCCUCCAGAGGGAUGUAUGAUUGUAGGUGAGUUCGUGCCGGGUAAUGUAUCAGUUGCUGUGAAUCAAUGGAGCGCGAAUCAUUCCGAGCGGAAUUUCAGGAGGCCGUAUGAGUUUUUGCCUGGGAGGUGGCUUGGGGAGAAGGAGUUUGAGGGGGAUAGGAGGAAGGCUUUUCAACCUUUCUCGGUGGGUCCGAGGAAUUGUGUGGGUAGAGCGUUGGCUUUUGCUGAGUAUGUCACCUCUCUCUUUCCGUUUCAACCGUCUUGCUCGGGAGGGAAUAGGGUGUGUAUAAGUGUCGCGGAAUGCUGAUUUUUGUUGUAGGUCACGACUUAUUCUUGCGAGACUGAUUUGGAAUUUUGAUUUUGAACUUGCGGAGGAUGCCCGUGGAUGGGCUGAUAAGCAACCGGUUUAUGUUGUUUUUCAUAAGCCUACCUUGAUGGCUAAAUUGACUCCUGUCAUUCGUUGAGUGGUCCGGUAUCUUUUAUGGAAAUCGUCGGAUGAUUAGGGGGAAAGUUCGCUUAAGUUCUUCCUUGGGUCAAAUAGACGGU